AUGACUGAAAUCCGCCCAUGGUCGGGCUCAACACCAAAACGCCGCGCGCCAAUCGAUCAGGGAAGAGUACCAGCGCCGCUUCAGCAAACCCUGAGCCAGAUAUCAUAUCUGCCAUUGCUCCAUAGAUAUAGCCGACUACGGGCGCAAGGAAACCCAAAUAGCACGCCUCCCGUAAGCGUUGGAGCGGCGGCUUCAAUGUCUCAGCGGACCAUCGUCCAUGCCUCUUCCAGUGACAAAAUUCAAGCAGAAAUUGGUAUACCCCAAUCACGUUCAGGACUACGCAAACAAAAACCCCUCCUCCGCGAUCACGUUGUACUUGAUCCCAGCGCCGGGAUAUUGCGUCGUUAUGCCGGCCGCACGGCAGGCCAGGGAGGAGCAGGAGGACGAGACCCGCAAUGGCGACGGCGAGCGCUAGUUUCGAAGAAGGAGGGCGCGGUUGCGGAGUUGGCGGAGGGCUUGCGGGUUUUUAGGAGGGGCUGGUCUGUCCGAGUAGAAGACGUUUACGGUGCUGGCCGUGUGAAUAGCGAGAAACGGCGGAGGCUCGUACGACGAGGUCACUUGGGGGAGGAAUUCGGCGAAGAGCAUUGUUUCUUGGACAGCGAUUGA